AUGUGGCGCUGCGCCUCCGGAGGAGGAAAGGGCACCAAACGCUCGAACCCGGAAAGAGGUUUUCCGUUGAGAAACUUUCGGUUUACCGGUGGAGAUCGGGAGGUCCCAAAGGAACCGCAGUGCCAAGGGCCGGAGGGGCGGACAUGGCGGGAAGGAGUGACUUCCAGUGGAAAGAGGAAACCACUCUUGCCUGGCUAUCCAGAGGUCCGGUGUUAGAGCUGGUUUUUCCAGUCCUCAGCUAGGAUCCAGCCUCUCAAAUCAGGAUUGGUGAUAUGGAACUAUGGCUGCUGACAGAGAGAUACUUCAUGUGAUUAAGGAUUUAAAGAAUACACUGGUUGAUUUGAACCAAAACUACCGGGAGCGGGGUCUCCCAGUGACAGAUGGUAGCCAGGAACUGCAACCCUUCUGUGCCCAACUGGAAUUUCUACUGCAGUAUGAUUUGAAAGAAAAGAAAAAUCUCUUUGGACAGAAAAAAGAUUAUUGGGAUUUUCUGAGCCGAAACCUUACCCGGAUAAACAGCAACCCACAUCCAGGGGUUCAACAUGUCACUUCUUUGGACAAACUGAAAACUGCUGUGGGGAAAGGCCGGGCUUUCAUCCGCUACUGCCUAGUCCAUCAACUGUUAGCUGAGACCUUGCAGCUCUGCUUCAUGGAACCAGAAGUCAAUAGUGAGUGGUACUAUGCACGUAGUCCCUUCUUGGACGAAAAGCUACGGACAGAAAUUUUGAGCUCCCUCUAUGAGUUGGAUGGCAUUGCUUUCCACCUGGCCCUCCGCAGAGAAGAUUUGGAUGCUGCAUGGCCCACAGUCUCAGAAGUUUUGCCACAAUUUUUUACCAGAGCUAUACAGUACACCCAAUCAGAGGAUGGAUUGUCUAAGGUUGGAAACUCAAACCAAGAACAUGGGCUUCAUCAAGGAAGCACCUUCGUACAAAGGAGCAGGCUCAGAACGAUGGAUGUUGUUCCUGAUUCAAGGGUGGAUGAUCAGUCAAGGCUUGGUCCGGAACAGCCAUUGGAGAAAUGGAUCGGAGUCUGGAGAAGCAGAAAAAACAGUCUCUUGCAGAUGGGUUCCCUUCUGAAACUGAAUCCCUUUAUGGAAAGGUAUGUCCAGACUCCACCUUCUGGCAAGGAGCAGAAGAGGGCUGAUGGUGAAUUGCAGGUCCAUUUGGAAAAGGAGCAGCUAGGCAACAUGCCUUCCGCCCAAGGAUUAUGUUAUCCUCAACCCAAACAAUGCCUCUGCAGGAAAGUAGAUGGGAUAACGGAAGGUGACAGCAUACAGAAACAAGAAUGCUUGAGAACAUUAAUAGGGGAGUUCAGUGUUCUGCAGCAAAAGUUAGCCUUGCAACAAGAGGAAAACACAUCACUAAAGCAAACUCUUUCUAAAGAGAACCGCUCUCUAGAAGAAGAGCUGACAAAGUAUGAAGAACAACAGAAAGAAAAAACGGGCGAGCAGGAAAAACAGCAGCAAGAAUUAGCCAAGGUAGUAAAAGCACUCAGAGAAGCAGAAUGUAAGAUUGCCAGUUUGACUGAGGAAUGUCAAGAGGCCUGGGCCAAGAAGGAUGGUGCCGAGAAGGCUCUCAAAGAGGCUGAACAGAGACUGAGUACUCAGGAGGCAGAGAGGAGACAGCAUCUGGCGCAUAUGGAGGCCCAAGAAUUGAGGCAACAGCAACUGAUUUCUCAAUGUCGGGGGCUGCAGGAGAAAUUAAAAGUAUCAGAAAAGAGCCUGGAGAGGUGGGAAGAACAUGUGGCAGCCAUGAAGAGCCAACAUGGCCAACUGGAAACAGUCAAGGAGCUGACAGACAAGAAAUGUUGCAGGGCGAUGGAAAGAGAAGAUCAUUCAACCAUGCAAGAAAUAGAUCCGCUGAAGGAGAAACUAGAGAGGAGUUUGGCUGAAGUAAAGAAUUUAGAAAAAGAGAAGGAGACUCUUAUGGAAACUUUUGUGUCUCAAGAACAAAGUCUGGUGCUUUCCAAGCUUGAAAUGAAAGACCUUCAGAAAGAUCUGCUGGUGUGUCAGGAGCAACUUGUCACCCUCCAAGUGUCUCUGGAGAAGCAGGAAAAGGCCCUGAGGGACCAUGAGAAAGCAGCCCUGAGUUUGCAAAGAGAGCUGAAUGACCACUCUGCCUGCCUAAAGGAAAGUUUGGAGAAAAACACAACCCUGGAAGCCCAGUUAGAGAAAAUGGCCAGCAAAAAGUUCCAGCUGGAAGCAGAAACUCUUGAGGAUCAGAGGAGAUGGGAAAGAACUUUGCAGACGCUCACAGGCCAGCUAAAUAUUUUUGAAAAAGAAGUAGUCAGGCUUCAAGAGGACAAGCAACAGCUCCAGGCCAUCCUGCAACAAGCCCUUGAAGAAAGAGAAGUCUUGGUAAAACAGGCAGAAAGUGCUAACGCUAGUCUGAAAGAGCAGACUCAGGAGAUAGCAUGGCUUCGAAGUGAGCUGGAGACAUUGAAGGCCACCAGCCAAACUCUACAGAAAACCCAACAGGAGAAAAGUGAGAGCAUCACUUCCAUCCUAAGAGAGAAGUGCCAGAAGCUGAAAAAUCAAGUAGAACAGCUGCAGCUGGAGAAAAUGCAAACCACCAAUAGAGCAAAACAGCUGAGUGAGGAACUGGAGCAAUGCUGGAAGUGGCCCACAGAAGAUGCUGUUCUGCAGAUAGCGCCAGUUUCUUCCAUCACAAUGACACAUCUAGCAUAUGAGAGCAAAAGCAAGGAAGCCAGGGCUCCUGUCAAGGAAAGAGACAUUGCCACAGAGGGAAUAGCGAGAUCACCUCUGACAAUGAAAAAGAUUCAGACUGAGAUGCUUCAGCAUUUGGAUGGACCUGUAAAGACGGGUGACAGUGCCACACAGAGAAUUGAAGUGCAUGAGAAGAGUCUAGCUGGCCAUUUGGAUAAAAUGACAGAAGAUGUCCAGCAAACAAAAAAUACGUUAAUAGCCAAGGAUAAAACAAUAAGUCAUCUCAUGGAACAGCUGAACCGCUCACAGCAAGAAAAGGAACAAUUGCAACUUUUGCUGGAGAAAAACUGCCAGGAAUCGAAGGAGAAGGAGAAAUUGAAAGAGGAUCUGUUGGAACAGGGAGUGCUCAUCAACAAUAUGAAAAUCAAACUUUUGGAAUUACUGCAGGAGAAGGAUGCUUUGUGGCAGAAGACGGAAGGUAUCACGUUGCCAGUUGUGAACGUUGCUCCUCAGAACACAGGGUUGUGCGCUCAGUGCAAAAAAGAGUUCAAGCUUAUGUCACGCCGAUACCAGUGCAGGUGGUGCAAGAGCACUGUUUGUCAUGCUUGUUCAGUGAGUGGUGGGCACAAGGAGCGCUACUGCAUAGCAUGCUACCAGAAGAGAAAUGGUCAGAGCACAUGAUCCUUGCUCUCAUCAAGUCAUCCUAUACUACCCUGCCUCAUUGCAAGCUCAGUUACCUGUCUGCGGGCUGGCUAUGAGUGGAUUUGAGAUACCAGAUCCAGAAGAAUAAAAGCAAAGGGACUCUUGUGGUGAUAAAAGAGAUCUGCAUAUCUCUGUUCAGAUUAAGACUGAGCCUGAACAAAAAAAAACCCAAAACACUGAAGUGGUAUGGAGCAUCCCCUAUUUUUUAAACGAUGUAACACUAUUAAUUGUUUGCUUUAAUUGGUGUUUCAAUGAGAUAUGAAGCCAGUCUUCCUUCAGCCCUUAGAGCAGUAUAUACUCUCCCAACCAGCCUACAUAAGCAAUAAAAUAUUAAACCAUUUGGAAAGCAGAAGGCAUUUGAUCCAGACUAAGUAA